AAAAAAAAUAGACUCUGCCAAAAUGUCUGUAUCAUCAUCACCGCUUUGCUUCUAAAUAUAGGCAUUCAAAUUCAGCUGUACCUUCCCACAACAAAAAGCUCAAAGACAACAGCAAAGCUUCUAAACCCCCAUUCAAACGCUACUUCGAUCUCUCAGAACUGUAAAGUAACAACAAGGAUUCCAAUUCUUUCCGCUUCAGCCUCUAGAUCUCCAAGAUUGCAGCUUUCUCCAGUAUUAUCCAUCUUUGAUCUCCAAAGACAUAUAUCAAGUUUAUAUCAUGAAUACAGAGUCAGAAAUGCCCGGGGCUGAAAAAGGAGAGCAAGCCAACAUAAAUGCAUUUCGUAGCUUUAAUGUUUCUGAGCAGAUAGACUGUUUCAACAAUAUGGCUAAAGAACUAUCUGCAUCAAAUAAUCAUGCUGGGAGUAAGCUCCCUGAUGUGUUCCAGUUGAAGAUUGGCUGUGAAGACAUCCCAGCUCACAAGAUUUCAGAACUGAUGAAACAAAAAAGUUUGGAGAGUGCUUCCACUCGGUUAUUGUUCAGUGCUGUGAGUGACAUUCUAAAUGAAAACAUUGAGAGAAAGAAUGGGGAUAUUCCUCAGUGUGUUUCAUCUCUACUAAAGCUAGUUCUGCAAGAAAUUGAGCAACGUGUUUCAAAGCAAUCUGAAAAUCUGAGAAAGCAACAUAACUCCUACAAGUCUCGCGAAGAAAAAUAUCAAUUAAAAGAUAGAGCAUAUGAGGCUCUUAGAACAGGAGCUGCUGAAGAACAUGAGAUUGAGAAGGCUAAAUUGGAGGAGAAGGAAAAACACAGGGAGCAGAUAAUUUGUAUGUUGCAGAAAGAUAAAGAUCAUCAUGAAAUGCAGAUUUCUUCACUAAACCAUGAGUUAGAGCUGUGCAAAAAGACAUAUGAAGAGAAAUGCUUGCAAUUGGAAACACAUGCAGAGAAAACGACAAUCGAGUUAGGGAAUAAGAUAAUGGAACUUGAGUAUCUUCUUACUGACUCAAAGAAGAAGGCAGAAGAACUUGAAGCUUUUUCAGAGUCAAAGUUGCUGAAAUGGAAAAGAAAAGAACAUGUCUACAAACACUUCAUAGAGUCCCAGUCUGGAUCUUUACAGGCAUUGAGAAUGGCAUCUGAGUCCUUAAAAAAAGAUGUUUUGCGGACCAAGGAGAUCUAUGCUGAAGAACUAUACAACUUUGGAUUUGAUCUCAAGGGGCUAAUAGAAGCUGCUCAGAAUUACCAUACAGUGCUUGAAGAGAAUAGAAAACUUUACAACGAGGUUCAAGACUUGAAAGGCAAUAUUAGAGUAUAUUGUCGAAUAAGGCCAUUCUUGCCAGACCAAAACAGUAAAAGAACAACUAUGGACUACAUUGGUGAGAAUGGGGAACUGGUUGUUGUGAAUCCUUUAAAACAUGGAAAAGACAGCCACCGGCUCUUCAAAUUCAACAAAGUGUUUGGUCCUACUUCUACUCAAGAGGAGGUAUUUCGAGACACUCAACCAUUAAUUAGGUCUGUUCUUGAUGGGUACAAUGUCUGCAUCUUUGCCUAUGGUCAGACAGGUUCCGGAAAAACAUACACUAUGAGUGGACCUAGCAUGUCAUCAAUGGAGGAUUGGGGUGUUAACUACCGAGCUCUGAAUGAUCUAUUCCACAUUUCUCAAAGUAGAAAAGGCUCCAUAGUAUAUGAAGUUGGUGUUCAAAUGGUUGAGAUAUAUAAUGAACAAGUCCGUGACUUACUUUGCACUGAAAGCUCUCAAAAAAGGCUUGGGAUUUGGAAUACUACCCAACCGAAUGGGUUAGCUGUACCUGAUGCUAGCAUGCACCCUGUAAGAUCAACUGCAGAUGUUUUGGAAUUGAUGAAUAUUGGUUUAAUGAAUAGAGCUGUUGGUGCUACUGCCCUCAAUGAAAGAAGCAGUCGGUCCCACAGUGUCCUUACUGUUCAUGUGCGUGGGACGGAUUUGGAGACCAACGAGGUUUUGCGCGGUUGUCUACAUUUGGUAGAUCUUGCUGGCAGUGAAAGAAUAGACCGCUCUGAAGCUACAGGGGAAAGAUUACGAGAAGCACAACAUAUAAACAAAUCUUUAUCAGCAUUGGGGGAUGUGAUCUUUGCUUUAGCACAUAAAAGUAAUCAUGUACCAUACAGAAAUAGUAAACUAACUCAAGUUCUUCAAAGCUCUUUAGGUGGCCAGGCAAAGACACUCAUGUUUGUGCAGUUAAAUCCUGAUGUGGAAUCUUAUUCUGAAACUGUAAGCACACUAAAGUUUGCUGAGCGGGUGUCUGGAGUUGAACUAGGAGCUGCAAAAAGUAAUAAGGAGGGUAGGGGUGUAAAAGAGCUCAUGGAUCAGGUUGCUUUUCUAAAGCAAACAAUUGCAAAGAAAGAUGAAGAGAUUGGACGGUUGAGGCUGCGAAAAACAAAUACUAACGGGGAGAGACAUGGUAUGGGCUCACUAAAAAACGGGUCUGCCUCUCCACGACGUUAUUCAUUAGGGGGGCCACGACAAAGCAGCAAAGGAGAGAGGAGUUCAAGACUUUCUGAGAAAGCUGCUUCGGACCAUAGCUCAGAGUACAGUGAUAGGCUUUCAGAAGCCGGGUCUCAGCAGUCAAUGGAUGAGUUUAGGCACCACAGUGAAUUCUUUCGAGAUUCAAGGUUUGCUGUAGUAAGUGGAGGUCAAAAUUUCGGUGAAGUUGAUUCAAGGGCUGCUGUGGCGGAUGGAGGUCAGAAUUGUAAUGAAGACACGGAGCUCAUAGGAUUUGGUGAUGCAGACUCUGAAGAGAGAUUAAGUGAUAUUUCUGAUAGCGUUCUUUCAAUGGGAACAGAAACGGAAUCCACCAAUAGUAUCGUAGAACACACACUUUUCCCUGAAGUUACUAAACCUCCUUCAGAUGCCACCGAGAAGCCGAGAAUUCCAACAAAAUUACAGAGAUUACCAGAAAAGCAGACUUCAAAGGGAUCAUCAUCUCGAAUGUCAUUGAACAAGACUGCCACUAAAGUUUCAAGUUCCAAAAAAUCAACUGCAAGCAGCUCAUCUGCAGUUAAACCCCCCACCAGAAGAUGGCAGUAACUCAACGACGCAAGACAUACAAAAGUGAUCGUGUUUGUAAGAUGGAGUCUUCGUUGGCUCCAAAUCUACGCUAUUGCCUUUAGCUUUUAGUUGUUGUGGUAGAAAAGGUGUAGAAGCUUUGUUGUGUAACAAGCUUAAGAAAAUUGUUCAGGAUGAUUUAACCCUAAAUUAAACCCCCCAUUUUCUUACUUUGUAAGAAGGAAAAGGAGAAAAAUCUGGAGGGGAGAAAUGGAAGCAGGAGUUCUUAGGAUGUAGGUCAAGAUUCUAGUGUAUAUCUAAUUGUCUGCAACUGCCAAGUCUUUUCAUAGACUUGUAAAAACAUUUUUUAGGCUAUUUAAUGAUUUUACUAUGUUAAUUUA